AGGUGAUAAUUGUUUUUGUUUGUAUGUUUAGGAGCAGAGUGCAGGAAGAAACGUCAGCAGAAGAUAAUUUACAUGUGUUAAGCUCUUCUGCAGUGCGCAGUUUGUCCACCAGAGGGCACUGAAAAGUUUACCUUCAGGGCGGAGGUUGUGUUUGGCAUGUUGUGGUCCUGAUGGAUCAUGGAGAGACUCGGCAACAGACGGAACCAGGAUGGCGCUCCUGCGGUGCUGGACCAUGGAGGAGGAUGGUUCUGGUCCGGGUCGGUCCGGGGCCCCGCAGCUCUGCUCAUAUUUAUGCAUCGGGCGUUUCUGCAGUGAGCCGCUGGACAUUGAUGCGUUUUAAGGAGGUGUCCCCGGCCCUCCUCCUCUCUCCUCCCUCCCUCCCUCUCCGGCUCUCUCUCUCUCCUCCGCGCCUCCUCCGUUCCGCCGAUCCGCGGGGUCUCGGUGCGCUCAGACGCGCUCAGCGUUCAGACUCGUACGCACCCCCAGAUGGCCCCCCAGCAGCGGGACUGCGCUACCCAGACGACCAGCCCCGGCUCCAGGCGUCCCUAGCGAAGGCAGGACCCCCGCAGCCUCCUCCUGGAAUACCGCAUUGUUUAGAUUUUUCCAGCCAGAGACACGGAGAGGUGAUGAUGCUGAUGAUGCGCCCGCGAUGGUGGAUUUCCCUUUUGUGCGUCUGUGGAUUGAUGCACGUCGGUCACCAGAGCAGCCCAGACGCCACGAACGGAGACGCCUCGUCGAGCCUGAAGGCGCUUCGUGAUGCGGGCAGGUUCGUGGGGAAGCAGGACACGGUGCCGCUCCGGCUGCUCUACAGCCGCCACAACCACAGUCAGAUCAGCGAGGACGAGCUGAGCACCAGGGUGAAAGCCGCCUCCAGCAGCGGCUCGGCGCAGAUGAACCACGUGGCCCAAGUGAGCUUUCAAGUCGAUGCUUUUGGGAGAAAAUUCAUUUUGGAUGUGGAACUGAAUCAUGAUCUGCUGUCUUCGGGCUACGUGGAGAAGCAUUUGUCAGAAAACGGGAAGACUGUCGUCACCAGCGAAGCAGAGCACUGCUACUACCAGGGGAAGGUCCGAGACGUUCCUCACUCCUUCGUGGCUCUCUCCACCUGCCAUGGACUGCAUGGGAUGUUUUUCGACGGCAAUCACACCUACAUGAUUGAACCUGGAGGACAAGGCAGCAGCAGCAGCGAAGGAGACGUUCGCAUCCACAUGAUCUAUAAAUCUGCAGGUCAGGAGAUACUCAGCGAUCUGCUCGGAGGUGAUCUACCGGAGCCUCCGUUUCCCAGCCCUCCGUUUCCAGGAUCCAGAGUCGUUCACAGGAGGAAAAAGAGACAAGCUCCACGAGCUUCACGGAGUGUCGACGAUGAGACCAAAUACAUCGAGCUGAUGGUGAUCAACGAUCAUUUAAUGUACAAGAAGCAUCGGCUCUCCGUCGGCCACACCAACAACAAGGCGAAGACAGUGGUCAAUAUAGCUGACAUGAUUUUCAGGGAGCAGCUCAACACCCGGAUCGUGCUGGUUGCCAUGGAAACCUGGUCGGCCGACAACAAGUUCAACAUCGACGACGACCCCAUGGUGACCCUGAAGGAGUUCAUGAAGUACAGGAAGGACUUCAUCAAGGAGAGAUGCGACUCUGUUCACCUCUUCUCAGGGAAUCGCUUUCAUAGCAGCUGGGGUGGAGCAUCCUACAUGGGAGGAGUUUGUUCUCUCACCAAAGGAGGUGGAGUCAAUGAAUACGGGAAAACAGAUGAGAUGGCCAUAACUCUCGCUCAGUCUCUGGGACAGAACAUCGGCAUUUUCUCCGACAAGAAGAGGAUCCUCAACGGUGAAUGCAAGUGUGAUGACCGCUGGACCGGCUGCAUCAUGGACGACAUUGGUUUCUACCUGCCCAAGAAGUUCUCCGACUGCAACGUGGAGGAGUACCAUAACUUCCUGAACAGUGGUGGAGGAUCCUGUCUGUUCAACAAACCUCUGAAGCUGCUCGAUCCUCCAGAAUGUGGCAACGGCUUCGUGGAGCCUGGAGAAGAGUGCGACUGCGGCAGCCCAGCGGAGUGUGCCAGAGAAGGUGAUCAGUGCUGUAAGAACUGCACCCUGACUCAAGGCUCCAACUGCAGCAACGGACUCUGCUGCAACAACUGCCAGAUGGAGUACAUGGGCGUCGUGUGCCGAGACGCAGUGAAUGACUGCGACAUCCCGGAAAACUGCACCGGCAAUUCCAGCCAGUGUCCACCAAAUGUGCACAAGAUGGACGGUUACACGUGUGAAAAAGACCAGGGUCGCUGCUUUAACGGGAGGUGCAAAACCAAGGACAGACAGUGCAAGUACAUCUGGGGGGAGAAGGCGACGGCGGCCGACAAGUUCUGCUACGAGAAGCUAAACAUCGAGGGGACAGAAAAAGGCAACUGUGGGAAGGACAAGGACACGUGGAUCCAGUGCAACAAACAGGAUGUUCAUUGCGGAUACCUGCUGUGCUCCAACAUCUCACCUGCCCCCCGACUGGGGGAGCUGCAGGGAGGACUGACCUCCUUCUCAGUGGCCCGACACAGCGCCUCUCUGGACUGCAGCGGCGCUCAUGUUGUGAUCGACGGAGACUCUGAUCUGGGAUACGUGGAGGAUGGAACGGCCUGUGGAACCGACAGCAUCUGCUUCAACCACAAAUGCCUCCCGGUCCAACAGUUUAACUUCAGCACCUGCCCCGGAACCACAGACAAAAGCAUCUGCUCUGGACACGGGGUGUGCAGUAAUGAGCUGAAGUGUGUUUGCCACCUGGGCUGGGCAGGAGAAGACUGUAACUCCAUGUCUCCUUUCAGUUAUCCAGUGGUCGGACCUACUGCUUCUGUUUCAGGUAUCACCAGCACCAACAUCAUCAUCGGGGCCAUCGCCGGCUCCAUCCUCUUCCUCGCCCUGAUCCUGGCCGUCACAGCCUGGUGCUUCAAGAGCUACAAGCAGAAACGUUACGUAGAGUCUGAAGUUCAUCGAAGAUUCUGCCGACAAAUGCCUCCAGGCGACUACGUCACUAAGCCUGGAGAUGCCGACUCGUUCUACAGCGACAUGCCUCCAGGCGUCAGCACCAACUCCGGCUGCAGCUCCAAGAAGAGGUCAGCCUGCCUGUCCCACCUGCAGAUAUGCACCUUGUCCUUCACUCCCUCCAUCCCAUCCAUUUCUCAGAACAUCUCAGUGUUUGGCUUCAGAUCUAAUGGACUUUCUCACUCAUGGAGCGAGAGGAUUCCAGAUGCCAAACACAUCUCUGACAUCUGUGAAAAUGGAAGACCAAGGAGCAACUCAUGGCAAGGAAACCUGAGCGGCAAUCGUAAGAAACUGAAAGGAAAGAAGUUCCGCGCUCGUUCCAACUCCACAGAGUAUUUAACCCCUCGCUUCAAAACAGAGUUUUAUGAUGUAACUAAAUGGGUAGAAGAUGUGAAUAGAAACACUCAAGGACCUUACCUUAGGACGCUAUCCCCUGCCAAGUCUCCCACCUCCUCUACAGGAUCUAUUGCAUCCAGCAGGAGAUACCCCUACCCCAUGCCCCCCCUCCCCGAUGACCAGAGGAAAGCCAACAGGCAGAGCGCCAGGCUGUGGGAGACCUCAAUAUAACAGCGCGCUCUGCAAAAAGACCUAAAGAACUCCACUUGUCUCUCCUUUUCUAUGAAUGAAAAACACAAAAAUGAAACACAAUUGACUCUAAGCGAUUAAAGAGAAAGCGAGAGAGCCCCCCCCCCACCUGGACAGGAAACAGGCAGAGGUGCGUCAGCGAGUCUCCGAGGUCGUCUUUCCAAGAUGGCGUCGCUCGGUGGAUCUUCUACGAGACGCUGCGGAGCGCCGCCGGAGAAUCCAGCUCCACAUUGGCUCCAGACCAGCUGGAGCUCAGACCGAGCUGUUCCUGAAACCCCCCCCCCAACCACCAUUACCACCACCACCACUCCGACCCCCCCACCCAACCAACACUGUAUGCAUGUACGAGAUGACCCUGUUUAUCAGCAGCCUCCUCUGACUGAGAAGACGGUGCGAUGUGAAAGGAAAGCAUGCGAGGGGCAGCGAUUUUAUACCUUCUGUAGGCUUCCUCUCCACCGACCCAUAACCUAUCACCAGUUAUAACCCACAACCCUCCCCGGCCUCCUCGGUUUGUUCGUGUGUGUGUAAAUAUGUACAGGGAAAUACACACAGAGUAUGUUUUUUUGCUUUUAUUUUGAAAAGAGCAAAGUCUUUUUUCCCUGCUGCGUAAAAAGAAGCGGAUCUCUGUAGAUAAGUUUCUAUUUUUUUUGUCCUAAUUAUUUCUGUGACCUCUUUAGCUUUUCUCCAUCCACAGCAGAAUGUAACGUGUUAUUUUUUAAUCUUCUACCACUAUCUUCAUCCAUCUCUGUGAAGAAACACACAGACGUCCGUCAAUUGUGGCACACUAUCGAGGUGGUUCUUGCGAAGUAUUAAUUUUAGCGAAGUUUUAAAUAGUUUUCUGUGCCAAUUCCAUUGCGUGAAAUGAGAGACGUGUUUGGUGUAGUUAUAGACUAUGUGCCACUCGUGUGGUUUUGGAAAUUUCCCCGACCAGAUUGUGCUUAGUCCCCCCCCCCCCCCCCCCCCCCCCCCCCCCCCCGAUUUAUUCGGAUGUUUGAGAGAGGUGAAUGCGAGAAUCUGGUGAUCUGGAAAUCGUGGUUGCAUUUUGGAUUUUAGCUGUGAUGACUGAGAUAUUUAGCCUUGUAAAUGAUAAAACUAUGCUGUACAGUGCUUGCUGUUUGAGCUUGUGGAGACCAACAGCAUGACAAGUUCUAUAUCAAAUUAAGUUAUUUCUCUGGUAGGCUACUUGUGAGACCAUAACGGGAAUCGAGCAUGUCACUGAAAGACUUUUUCCCCUCUCGUUGCCUAUUUCUGUUGUCUUAACGGGUUUGUGUACAACAGGCUGCGCUGGUUUAAAAACUACUGGAGGUUUUUUUUUUGACUAAAGUCGUGCCGGUGUAGCUAUUUAAGGUGGAUUUCUUGGAAUCCCCAACAGCAAGUUCUUUGUACAGUUCUGAAACUGUCGUCUUAAGGCCUCAUGUCUGUCAUUUUACUGUUGUUUAGCUUUCGUUCCAGUGUGGGCACUUUUACAUUUGUAAUUCAUGUAUGCAUUAGGACUGUAUAGGUAAUAUGAUCUUCACAGUAUUGGACUAAUAUUGCUACUAGUACCUUUUAUUUUCAAAUUUUAUUUUAUUAAGUACCUUUGUAACAUUCACUUUUCUCCUCAGCGUUAUGUACAGACACUAUUCAGACAGUAAUUAAGUGCAUUAUUGUAAUGAUGUGAGUUCGAAUGGAGAUUUUUUUAUGUCCCGGGGCCAAUAGCAGCUGUCGUUCCUUUGGCAUGUGCUGAUCUGUAUGAUUAUAAGGUUCGGACACAUGUUGUAAAAAUGUCUGGGCUCGUUAUUUUGCCUUUCUGCCGGAGCUUUUCUGGUCUUCAGAGAUCCCGGUUUGUGUUCCUGGGUGACCCGAGGCUGAGGAGAGUGAAUCUUUUUUAACAUCGUGUGCUACAGUGGGAUGUUCUUCUCAGACUUUUCACAAUCCUGAGGACUCUCCUUCGAGGACGGGCCUGCAGUAAUUCCUGUGAUUGUACAGCUGCAUCCGCCUGGACCGACCGAUCCGAACAUGACGGCGCUGUUCCGGUUCCGUCCGGCCAGAGACUUGAAUGUAUUCGUGUACCGGAGCGAACCAACCACCCGGUCUCAGCCCGACUCAUCGGCACUCCGCUCCAGGAACCUUAAAACUUUCCCCACAUGUACUAAUUCAAAUACUGCAGUUGUUCUUUUUUUAUUUUCGAAGUUUGCCUGUAUGCUGUACAGACUGACGAUGCAAAAAUCGAUCCCCAUAUUUUUUUUCUUCCCUCUUAAUCAUUCAGUAUUGUAAUAUAUUUAAUAUAAAAUAAAACUUUCAUCAACA